AUGGCAAAGAGCAAGGUUCUAAUAGUGGGGGGCACAGGGUUUAUUGGUAGGAGGAUAGUUAAGGCCAGCCUAGCCCAGGGACACCCAACCUCUGUCCUCCAGAGGCCAGAGAUCGGCCUGGACAUUGACAAGCUGCAGUUGCUGCUCUCGUUCAAGAAGCAAGGUGCUCGACUCAUCGAGGGCUCGUUUUCCAAUCACCAGAGUCUCGUGAAUGCGGUGAAACAAGUGGACGUGGUCAUCUGCACCAUGUCCGGCGUGCAUCACCGGGGUCUCAACAUUCUCAUGCAACUUAAGCUGGUUGAGGCCAUCAAAGAAGCCGGAAACAUUAAGCGUUUCUUGCCGUCAGAGUUCGGUAUGGACCCAGCAAGAAUGGGGAAUGCACUUGAACCAGGAAAUGAGCCAUUUGAAGAGAAAAUGAAAGUAAGGAAAGCCAUUGAAGAUGCUAAGAUCCCUUUCACUUAUGUCUCUGCCAACUGCUUUGCAGCUUUCUUUGCUGGUAACCUUGCUCAAUUUGGUUCACUAGUCCCUCCAAGAGAUAAAGUACGCUUGUGGGGAGACGGCAAUGUCAAAGUGAUCAAUUUGGACGAAGACGACGUUGCUACAUACACGAUUAAGAGCAUAGAUGACCCUCGUACAUUGAACAAAACCUUGUACUUUCAGCCACCAGAGAACAUCCUCUCCCAAAUGGAGAUGAUUGAAAUGUGGGAGAAGCUUAUAGGGAAGAAACUUGAAAAGGUUAGCAUCUCUGCAGAAGAUUUCCUUGCUUCCAUGAAAGGAUUGGAGCAUGGAAAUAAAGCAGCAGCUGGGCAUUACUACCACAUAUUUUAUGAAGGUUGUCUGACAAACUUUGAAAUAGGGGAAGAAGGAGAAGAAGCUUCAGAGCUCUAUCCGGAGGUUAAUUACAUCCGCAUGGAUGCAUACCUGGAACGUUAUCUUUAAAGCUCUGUUUGGGAGGGGAAUAGGAAAAAUGCUUUAAAAAGGAAGCCGUAAUUAAGAAUUUCAAAUAAUUUCUUUCCUGGUCCAAACAGAGCAUAAAUCUUACGUUUAUGGCUUCAUUCGGGUCUGGAUAAGUG